UAACCUAACCGGCGGUGAUCGCUCGUCAUAUUUUUUCCGAUCGUGUUGCUACUUUCACAGUUCCCAAAUUUAUCCCUCUCCUCCACGCCUUCGAAAGACCGACUUUGGAGCGAUUUAUGUAUGAAUGAUUAACCCGAAGAAGGAGUUCGCACUGUUAUAAUUGGAUAUCCAGAAAAAGCUCCUGGAAUCGCUACCUCACGCUCUAAUAGGAGGUGAAGGAAUCGAAGCUCUAAGGAAGGGAAAGUAAUUCUUCCCAGCAGAGUCGUUUUCUCGCCGAGAAAAACGCACGAGGAAGCUGUGUGUUGUUAAUUUCCGGGACAGAUUGUGACUAUUAGAGGUUUUGAGCUGAAAUCGACGAAAUUCGUCCACUGAGUAAAUAUGGGGGUCGAUCCAUUCAAAACCACGGACACGUUAGAAGCUGAGAAGGAAACCGGCGGUGAUCUCCCUCUGAAGGAUAAACUAACUUUUACAGCUCCUGAGAGAAAGUCCCGUCUAGGUUUCGAUGUUAGGGCAAUUGAGAAGAGGGAGAAUGGCAAGUCCGAGGCGGAGUUUAAGGUCCCCAAGAAGCCAACAAUAUCUGUUACAGCAUCUUUGGAUGAAGAGGAUAAAUCUGAUGUAUCAGGAUCAGAUUUUGGAGCAGGAAAUACUCUACAUGACCAUUCCAGCAGACGCUAUAGAGAGAAAUCUUCAAGAUCUGAGACUGCGGAAGAAAGUACCGUGACUACAGAGAAUGCUGCGGCUUCAGAUGUUUCCAUGACUCCCAGGAGUUCAUCCAGCACUGCUAGAUAUGAGAGAGAUGAUAGCAUCAGAUAUCGAAAAGAACAUAGGUAUGAUAAAAGUGAAACCCCGCGGUCAAGGCAGAGAAACACCUAUGAUGAGAUGGAUCGCUACCGAGGGAGGGAGUCCUAUCGCCAAGCUAACCGAGAUUAUCACGGAGAAAAGCGUGGAAGAUGCAGUAGCGAUAGGAGAACUCCAGGUAGGUCAGACUGGGAUGAUGGAAAAUGGGAAUGGGAAGAUAGUCCACACGGAGAUCGAGACUCUAGUUACAGCAAGCGACAUCAGCCUUCCCCGUCACCCAUGUUAGCUGCAGCUUCACCAGAUGCUCGUUUAGCCUCCCCGUGGCUGGAUACACCACGUUUAACAAUGUCUUCUGCUUCUCCAUGGGAUAUUGGUGCACCUUCCCCUGUUCCAAUCCGGGCUUCUGGGUCCUCUAUCAGAUCCGCAAGCUCUAGGUAUGGUGGAAGAUCCAAUCAACUUGCACACUCUAGGGAAGGUGAUCUGACUGAGGAGGGGCAUCCAGAUGAGGAUAGAUCGCAAGGAGCUGAAGAAUAUAACCCUGAGAUCACAGAAAAAAUGCGUUUGGAGAUGGAAUAUCACUCGGACCUUGCAUGGUAUGAUACGGACGAAGGGAACUCACUGUUUGAUGCAGAUAGUGCAUCCUUUUUUCUUGGAGAUGAUGCGUCUCUACAAAAGAAGGAAGCCGAGCUGGCAAAAAGACUGGUUAGAAGGGACGGUAGCAAAAUGUCACUUGCUCAGAGUAAAAAAUACUCUCAGCUUAAUGCAGAUAAUGCUCAGUGGGAAGACCGUCAGCUUCUCAGAUCUGGAGCUGUUAGAGGCACAGAAGUGCAGACUGAGUUUGAUAGUGAAGAAGAACGGAAAGCAAUUCUUCUUGUACACGAUACGAAGCCUCCUUUUCUUGAUGGAAGAGUCGUUUUCACAAAGCAAGCGGAGCCAGUAAUGCCUGUAAAGGAUCCCACAUCAGAUAUGGCUAUAAUUUCACGAAAAGGAUCGGGCCUUGUCAGAGAAAUUCGGGAGAAACAAAGUAUGCAUAAAUCACGACAGCGAUUUUGGGAGCUUGCAGGAUCUAACCUUGGUAAUAUCCUUGGUGUUGAAAAAUCAGCUGAGCAGAUUGAUGCCGAUACUGCUGUAGUUGGUGACGAAGGUGAAGUAGACUUUAAAGGAGAGGCUAAAUUUGCACAACAUAUGAAGAAGGGGGAAGCUGUGAGUGAUUUUGCCAUGUCAAAAACCUUGGCAGAGCAACGACAGUAUCUCCCCAUAUUUUCUGUUAGAGAUGAAUUAUUGCAGGUAGUAAGAGAAAACCAGGUAAUUGUGGUGGUUGGCGAAACUGGUUCGGGGAAGACCACUCAACUAACACAGUAUCUUCACGAGGAUGGGUACACUAUAAACGGUAUAGUAGGUUGCACCCAACCAAGGCGUGUAGCAGCCAUGAGUGUUGCAAAGAGAGUUAGUGAAGAGAUGGAAACAGAGUUGGGCGAUAAAGUAGGGUAUGCGAUUCGUUUUGAAGAUGUAACUGGUCCAAACACUGUCAUAAAGUACAUGACCGAUGGAGUGCUACUGAGAGAGACACUCAAAGAUUCCGACCUGGAUAAGUAUCGUGUGGUGGUGAUGGAUGAAGCGCAUGAAAGGUCACUCAACACAGACGUACUUUUUGGAAUACUAAAAAAAGUUGUGGCUCGGCGUCGUGAUUUCAAACUGAUAGUCACGUCAGCAACCCUUAAUGCUCAAAAGUUUUCCAAUUUCUUUGGGAGUGUUCCUAUAUUCAACAUUCCUGGAAGGACUUUCCCUGUCAAUAUUCUCUACUCUAAAAGUCCUUGUGAAGACUAUGUUGAAGCUGCUGUUAAACAGGCAAUGACGAUCCACAUAGCGAGCCCACCUGGGGACAUUCUCAUAUUUAUGACCGGGCAAGAUGAAAUUGAAGCAGCAUGCUUUUCACUUAAGGAGAGAAUGGAACAGCUUAUUGCAUCCUCCAGCAGAGAAAUCACGAACCUACUGAUUCUCCCAAUAUACUCUCAGUUACCCGCUGAUUUGCAAGCAAAAAUAUUCCAGAAACCAGAAGAUGGAGCUCGUAAAUGCAUUGUUGCCACCAAUAUUGCUGAAACAUCACUGACAGUCGAUGGAAUAUAUUAUGUGAUUGACUCGGGGUAUGGAAAGAUGAAGGUUUUCAAUCCCAGAAUGGGUAUGGAUGCUCUUCAGGUUUUCCCCAUAAGUCGUGCUGCCUCUGAUCAGCGUGCAGGAAGAGCAGGGAGGACAGGGCCGGGAACAUGUUACAGGCUGUAUACAGAGAGUGCUUAUUUGAAUGAGAUGUUGCCAAGUCCCGUGCCAGAGAUUCAACGAACGAAUCUGGGUAACGUUGUCUUGUUGUUGAAGUCACUGAAAAUAGACAACUUGCUUGAUUUUGAUUUUAUGGAUCCACCUCCACAAGAGAACAUCCUCAACUCUAUGUACCAGCUUUGGGUGUUGGGUGCUCUUAGCAAUGUUGGAGGACUAACGGAUCUCGGGUGGAAGAUGGUGGAGUUCCCAUUGGAUCCACCUCUUGCAAAGAUGCUCUUAAUGGGUGAACGGCUUGAUUGCAUAAACGAGGUCUUGACGAUCGUGUCAAUGCUUUCAGUACCUUCAGUGUUCUUCAGACCUAAAGAGAGAGCAGAAGAGAGCGAUGCCGCAAGGGAGAAGUUUUUCGUGCCGGAAUCCGAUCAUCUAACGCUACUGAAUGUGUAUCAGCAGUGGAAAGAGCACGACUAUAGAGGAGACUGGUGCAAUGACCAUUACCUGCAAGUCAAAGGUCUGAGAAAAGCUAGAGAAGUAAGAUCCCAGCUUCUAGAUAUCCUCAAGCAACUGAAGAUACCACUCAAGUCGUGUGGACCGGAUUGGGAUAUUGUGAGAAAAGCCAUAUGUUCAGCGUAUUUCCAUAACUCAGCCAGAUUAAAAGGUGUUGGUGAGUAUGUGAACUGUAGAACUGGGAUGCCUUGCCAUUUGCAUCCGAGCAGUGCACUGUACGGUCUGGGAUACACACCGGAUUAUGUGGUGUACCAUGAGCUGAUCUUGACCACGAAGGAGUACAUGCAGUGUGCUACAUCGGUUGAGCCACAUUGGCUGGCUGAGUUAGGGCCCAUGUUCUUCUCGGUGAAGGACUCGGAUACAUCGAUGUUGGAGCAUAAAAAGAAGCAGAAGGAAGAGAAAACAGCAAUGGAGGAAGAGAUGGAGAAACUGAGAAGAGAUCAAGCAGAAUCGGAGGUCAGAAGCAAAGAGAGAGAGAAACAGAAAAGGGCAAAGCAGCAGCAACAGGUGUCAGGUCCUGGCUUGAGAAAAGGCACCACGUACCUCAGGCCUAAGAAGUUUGGCCUGUGAACAUUGUAAUCUUAUUUGUCAAAUAGGUGAAACCCCAAAAGACCGGUUUGGUAAUGUAGCCAAAACUUUACUAAAGAAAGAAAAGAACAAAAAGAAAAAAAAAACAGAACCAAAACAGAGAAAAUUGUAUUACUUUGUUUCCGAGUCUCCGACUGUGUUCCGUUAUUAGUUAAUGAGAACAAUUGUUCCAAGCUUA